AUGGGGGAGGCCGAGGUGGGCGGUGGGGGAGCGGCGGGCGACAAGGGGCCGGGAGAGGCGGCCACCAGCCCGGCCGAGGAGACGGUGGUGUGGAGCCCCGAGGUGGAGGUGUGCCUCUUCCACGCCAUGCUGGGCCACAAGCCCGUCGGUGUGAACCGCCACUUCCACAUGAUCUGCAUCAGGGACAAGUUCAGCCAGAACAUUGGGAGGCAGGUGCCGUCCAAGGUCAUCUGGGACCACCUAAGCACCAUGUACGACAUGCAGGCGCUGCAUGAGUCUGAGAUCCUUCCGUUCCCAAAUCCAGAGAGGAACUUCGUCCUUCCGGAAGAAAUCAUUCAAGAAGUCCGGGAAGGAAAAGUGAUCAUCGAAGAGGAAAUGAAAGAGGAGAUGAAGGAAGACAUGGACCCCCACAAUGGGGCCGAUGAUGUUUUUUCAUCUUCAGGAAGCUUGGGGAAAGCAACCGAAAAGUCCAGCAAAGACAGAGACAAGAACUCCUCAGACUUGGGGGCCAAGGAAGGGGCGGACAAGCGCAAGCGCAGCCGAGUCACCGACAAAGUCCUGACCGCCAACAGCAACCCCUCCAGCCCCAGUGCCGCCAAGCGGCGCCGAACGUAGGCGUCCCUCGGAGAGGGUGGGUGGCCCUGUCACCAGGCCGCUGGGGGCCUGCCUGCCUGCCCUGGGAGUGGGGGGCUCUGCCGCACCCACUCACCACCUGGGGCUCGAUGGAUCAGAGAGACCAGGAUCGCCGCUCAGGCUGAGCGUGCUGCUGAUCACAUCAGGGACGCCCUGCGUGACAGACGGAGGAGGACGCCCGUUGUCCCCACCCUCCCAGGAGCACCAGUCCCCACUGGUCCAUCUGUCCGCUGCUCUGGCUCAAGUGACUGUGACCUCAGGAGACAGGCCACCGAGCCGCGUGGUGGCCCCUCUGUCCGCACCCGAGACCAGAGUGGGUGUGGCCUCGUUCACGUGUACUGUAACGGUGUAUAUAGUGUGGUUGAUAUUUCACUUAUUUAAUUUCUGAGAAGCCUAUUUUACUAGUGUUUUAUACGAGAAAAAUACUACAGAAGUUAAAAACCCAUGUUGUAUUUUUUCUGAGAUGUUUUGUUUUAAGGUAACGGCCACUGAGAUCAUUUUUUGCUCAGUUUUUAUAUGCCAGACACAGUUUGUAGUUAUUUUUGUAUGACCGAGUGACUUGCAGGCAGACCAAAGGGGCGAGUGGAGGGAAGGCCCACGGGGCUGGUGGCGGCCCGGACUGGGCGACAUUAAAGCGCAGAAAAGCAACCUGGGAUUGUGUCGUUUCCAAAAUAAGUUACUUUGGCUAUGAUAGGAAGUUUUAUUUUUCUGA